AUGUUGUCAGCCUCGGCGGAUAACGCCACUGCCAGCCGCUUGGCUCUGUAUGCCGUUGGAGCGGCGGUCCUGGCUGCUCCGCUGGCAUACCACGCGUUCCAUUGCGACAUUGAUGGCUUAUCGUCGCGUGUUCGGCGCCUCGUCCGACCUCCACCGCGUUAUAUCCAUGAGCCGCUCGCCAAGGGGCAGUUCAGGCUACUUCAUCUCCUUGCUGGGAAGGAGGAGGACGACGAGGUCCAUGUAAGGCUUACUGCCGAGUCCAUCGACACAGCCGUCCAGUACCACGCCAUCUCUUACACCUGGGGCGUUGAUGGGGAGACGGCGUCCAUUUUCUGCGAGGGAAAGCACAUACGGAUCACCAAGAGCUUGUUCGAUGCUCUCAAACGAUGGCGCCGAGCCGACGAGGAAAUUGUCCUGUGGGCAGACUCGAUAUGUAUCGACCAGCAAAACACGUUGGAGAAGACGAACCAGAUCAUGCUCAUGGCGGAAAUCUACUCGAGGGCGGAAUCCGUCUUUAUCUGGCUCGGUAACGACGAUGCGCACCUCGAGGGGAUCGAGGAUCUGAUCAAGGCUGCGUUAGAGAUCAUCCCCGAGGUCGUGGACGACCCCAGGAAGAACAGGGAAAACGCAGCGUUGGCCGACAUACGCAUGGAAACAGACGAAGUACAGGAUCUGAACUGGGGCGCGCUGAGGUCACUGCUGAGCCACACGUGGUUCGAGCGCAAGUGGGUAUACCAAGAAGCGGUCCUCAACGACAAGACCUGGUUCUAUUGCGGAAAGUUCGAGCUGCCCUUUGAACCCGUGGCGGAGCUCGCCUUACGAAUGACAACGUAUGGUGUCCAGCCUGUACCCCAGGAUGGGUCGGUCAAUGACACCCACUUGUCCUACUUGCUCGUACGCAUAUAUAACCUCUCCAUGAUGCGCGCGAGCCAGUUUUUCCGCGGCAAGCGACCGUUCACGCUGCUAGAUACCGUCAAGGGUUCGAGAGGGUUCCGGUGCACCGAUCCGCGAGAUCACAUCAUGGGGAUCCUGGGGCACGCGACGGACGUCGAAAAAGACAGCAUCAUUUCCCAGGAGAACAUGUACUCGCUGUCGGUCCAGGAGUGUUACCUGCGCUUCGCCAAAGCACAGCUUCUGGAAAAGCGUGAUUUCGGCGUUUUGUCGCUGGCACCGCAAAAGUUCGUCAGCGACUCUGCGUAUCCAUGGUACUACCGCCCGUACGUCCAAUGGCAGAACAGACGGCUGCCGAACCUCCCGUCCUGGGUGCCCGACCUACGGCACCAGGAGAUUGACACUCUGCCAACCUACUCCGUCCGGUAUGGGAACUUCUCGGCCGGCGGGACGCAAGCGGGGGAGGUGGAAAUCAUCGACGACAAGAUCUUCAAGUGCAGAGGGUUGGUUGUCGACGCGGUCGAAGAAGAGGGCGUCUUCUGGUUCGACCUGCCGCUUCUGCGGGCGCCCAAACGCGUCCCGCCGCCGAUGGACAAGAAGGGCCCCUCCUUCAUCAGGCACAAACUGAGGCACCUCAGCUUCUACAGGGCGUGCGUGCGGUUGGCGUCCGGCUCGGAAAACGUCAAAGACAUGUCCCCGGAGCGGCUCGUGGCGCUCUGGAAAACGCUGACGUGCGAGAGGGGCCAGCUGAGCGACCGGAUCGAAAUUGACCUCUCAGAAAGCUUCAAAGACUUGGUCUCUGGGCUGGAAACGUGGCUCCACUCGAAGGACCCCGAGGAGGCAAAGAGGGCGUGGGCGUCGUUUGUGGCUUCGGGACAGGUCCAUAUGAGCGUCAUCGGUCACGCGAUGCCACGAAGGAUUUCCCGCACGAGGGGGGACAGGCUCUGCGCGAUACCGAGGGAUGCGAGGGUAGGCGAUGUGGUCUGCGUUCUGCUCGGGUCCGAGGUGCCCUUUGUCAUCCGGCCCACGAGGCAGGGCAUGUACGAGCUGAUAGGAGAGGCGUAUGUCAGUGGCAUAAUGGAUGGCGAGGCUCUCUCCGCUGGCAUGUAUGACGAAGUGUAUGUACUUUUGGAAUGA